AUGCUCCGUGCGCAGGAUCGCGCUUUGGGCGGCGGAGACCAGUCUCCUCAGCUCUAGUUCCCGGUGAGACCCGGUUACGGUGGCAGCUGUUGGUGUGUCAGCCUGUUGUCAGCUUGAGGCGGAGCUGGGCCAGCGGGAGGUAGAAGGCCCGUAUUUCUCUACCUGAGCCGCACUCUCCCCUCACUAAAAGGACAGAGCUCAAGGUUUGCUUUGAGGUCACAUUGAUAUGAAAUAUGAAGUCACCUUUAAUAACUUCAUCUGGGAAAGAGAAAGACUUCUUUCUUAUUAAAGAAACACAAGGAAAACAAAUGACCAAAUGAAUCAUACCAAAUGCUAACUCUACAUCUUUUUGUAUCAUCUGUUUUUAAAACCAUCAAGACAAAUGAUUUGUGCUUUAAAGAAUAUGAUUUGUUCAUCAAUGUUACUUUAGCAGUUUUUAAAAAAUCUUUUUCACCUUAAACUGUACUCUUAUAAAAUUUAACACAAAGAUUUUUAAAUCUUUAAGACCUUGUUUAAAAUAGCUUUCUUUUUUAGUUUUCAGAACUUCAAUCCUUAAUGUACCCUUUUUUUACUUGACAAAGUCCUCAAAACUACAGCAUCAGGAAAGAUAUGGACUUGGAAACUUAUGUUAUGGUAAUAGGCUGCAGCGAAUUUAAGUGGAUCAUUCAAGAAACCAUCCAUUUUAUCAUCAGAAGUGUCACAUAAGUAUAUAAUUCUUAGCUUUAAUGCAAACAAAGUUGCUUGAAAAUGGCAUGGGUAAAAUUCUUACGGAAACCUGGUGGCAAUCUUGGAAAAGCUUAUCAACCUGGGAGUAUGCUAUCCCUAGCCCCUACCAAAGGCUUAUUGAAUGAACCAGGACAAAACAGCUGCUUUCUUAAUAGUGCUGUACAGGUUUUAUGGCAAUUAGAUAUAUUCCGAAGAAGCUUGCGGGUUCUGGAUGGACAUGUUUGUCAGGGAGAUGCCUGCAUAUUUUGUGCAUUGAAGACGAUAUUUGCACAGUUUCAACACAGUCGAGAAAAAGCACUUCCUUCGGAUAACAUAAGGCAUGCUCUUGCAGAAAGUUUCAAAGAUGAGCAGCGAUUUCAGCUUGGCCUUAUGGAUGAUGCUGCAGAGUGCUUUGAAAAUAUAUUGGAGAGGAUUCAUUUUCACAUAGUGCCAAGCAGAGAUGCAGACAUGUGUACCUCUAAAUCUUGUAUCACUCACCAGAAGUUUGCUAUGACUCUGUAUGAACAGUGUGUGUGUCGUAGCUGUGGAGCAUCAUCAGAUCCUCUACCCUUUACAGAAUUUGUGCGGUACAUUUCUACAACGGCCCUAUGCAAUGAAGUUGAAAGAAUGAUGGAAAGGCAUGAACGCUCUAAGCCUGAAAUGUUUGCAGAAUUGCUGCAAGCAGCAAAUACAACUGAUGACUAUAGGAAAUGUCCUAGUAACUGUGGCCAAAAAAUAAAAAUUCGGCGUGUUUUAAUGAAUUGCCCAGAGAUUGUUACAAUUGGUUUAGUCUGGGACUCUGAGCAUUCUGACUUGACCGAGGAUGUUGUUCGGAAUCUCGCGACACAUCUUUAUCUUCCCGGGCUUUUUUAUAGGGUUACUGAUGAAAAUGCCAAAAAUAGUGAACUUCACCUUGUUGGCAUGAUUUGCUACACUAGCCGACAUUAUUGUGCGUUUGCUUUUCAUACCAAGAGUUCCAAAUGGGUAUUUUUUGAUGAUGCAAAUGUGAAAGAGGUUGGAACUAGAUGGAAAGAUGUGGUCUCCAAGUGUAUCCGAUGCCACUUCCAACCACUGCUUUUGUUUUACGCAAACCCAGAUGGCACAGCAGUUUCCACUGAAGAUGCACUCAGGCAGGUCAUCAACUGGUCACCUCAUAAAUCCGUUGCAGAAAAUAUAGGAUGUGAAAAGUCCUCAAUUCAUAAGUCGGAGAAUUCAAAAGAAAAUGGAUUUGGUGAUCAGACAAAACAGAGAGAAAAUCAAAAAUUUCAAGCAGAUAGUAUUUCAUCAUUUAAUCGGAGCCACAUUCAAACAAGUGGCAGUAGAGGAACAGUUAAGUCAAGUCACAAUGAUCAAAGGGAAAAAAUAAAAGACAUUUCCAGAGAAUGUGCUCUAAAAGCCAUUGAACAGAAAAACUUACUUUCCUCACAAAGGAAAGAUUUGGAAAGGGGACAAAGAAAAGAUUUGGGCAGACAUAGAGAUUUGGUUAAUGAAGACCUUCCACAUUUCAAGUCUGGAUCACCUCCUGCCCCAAAUGGCUUUAGACAAAAUGGGAAUCCACAUCUAUAUCAUAGUCAAGGAAAAGGACCGUGUAAGCAUGACCGAAUUGCCCAUCAGAGUCGAGCUUCUGCACAAACAUUAAGUUCAAGUAAAUCCCAGAUUCUUGCUUCAGGAGAGAAAAUAACUGGCAAAUUUAAGAGUGACAGUGGUACUGGAUAUGAUACAGACAGUAGCCAAGAUUCUAGGGAUAAAGGAAGCAGUUGUAAUGGCAGCACUAAAAGCCGAAAUCGAGGUUGGAAACCUAUGAGAGAAACAUUAAAUGUCGAUAGUAUUUUUAAUGAAAGUGAAAAAAGGCAGCAUAGUCCAAGACAUAAAUCAAAUAUUGGUAACAAAUCUAAAUGUAGCAAAGAUCAGAGUUUUAACAGUUGUCCAAAAGAGAAUCCAAAGCAAAAAUGUUUAAUGACUAUAUAUGAAGAUGAAAUGAAGCAGGAAACAGGAAGCAGGAGUUCCCUUGAAUUUAAUGGAAAAGGAGCAGAAAAAAAUAAAGCCCUCAAAGAAACUAAAGUUCAUGGUGACAAUUGGCAGAUGCAAAGGACAGAGUCUGGAUAUGAAAGCAGUGAUCAUAUCAGUAAUGGCUCUGCUAAUUUGGAGUCACCUGUUAUCGAUGGAAAUGGUACAGUGAUGGAUAUCAGUGGUGUUAAAGAAACUGCACCCUUCAGCAACCAGAUUAAGACAAGCAAUCUAAACAUAGAUCGUAUGAACUGUACCUCCCAACAGAGCAAAAACUACUUGGAAGGCUUUAGAAAAGAACUCAAGAACCUGGAAGUAGCCUAUAAAUCUUAUCAGUCCCACCCAGAAUCAUAUCUACAAAUAAAAAAUCCUUUGAUAAAAAGGUCACAUAUACGUGAAACCAAUGGAAAGUUAUUCCCUUCAUCCAAUCCACAAAUACUCAAGGACCGUACAGCAAGAGAGCAUACCCACCAGUCAGAUGAACAGAAACUUGAAAAAGCAAGUGAAUGCAAAUUUUCUGAGUCGCUUAAUAUAGAAAAUUCUGAGGGAACAGGUUUGCUUUUUCACGUUGAUGAUAAUUCUGCUUCUGCAAAGAGAGUGAACAGUAAUGGAACAGUCUCACCAUCUUCAUUGUGGUCUUCACACAUGAGAACUGUGGGGUUGAAGCCAGGAACUGCUCCCCUCAUCCAGCAGCAAAAUACGAUAGAACAGUGUUACUCUGAGAACUCUCUAUCCAGGGAACAUCUCAUUCAGUCAACCUGCAGAUCUGAUGGUUGUCAGAUGCCAGAACUUGUUUGCCAGAAUACCCCACCCCCUCUGCCACCAAAGAAAUAUGCUAUAACCAGUGUGCCACAGUCAGAGAAAAAUGAUGUGCCACAGUCAGAGAAAAAUGAUGCUCCACCUGCUGUCAAACCAACAGAGAUGUUUAAAGCUAAUUCUUCUAGUCUUCCAAAGCACAGUUUAAGUACAGUUUCAGAACCAGGUUUAGAAGUGAGUACAUAUAUGAAUGAUGAAAGACUUAAGGAAACAUUUCAAGCAAAACAGUAUGUCGGCGACACAUCAAACACCCCGUCCAGCUCUUCAGCUGAUGAUUUUCAGGCCGACUUGGGUACAGCUGUUGGUGCUUCUUGCCAGCCAGAAAUAGACUCUAGUUCUACCUGUCCAAAUGAGACAGUUUCAUUAACUACCUAUUUUUCAGUGGAUAACUGCAUGACUGAUACAUAUAGAUUGAAAUACCAUCAGAGGCCCAAGCUCUGUUUUCCAGAGAGCAGUGGCUUUUGUAAUGAUAAUUCACUUUCUCAGAAUGAAAGAGGGCUAGGGCCUGUGUUACAUAGUAGUCUUGGUUCAAACUGCCCUUCCAAGCAAAGACAUAAACCUGGUAUACACUGUAAUAGAUAAAUGAUGAAACCGACAGGCUUUUACUUCUGAGGCCAUUAACUAGGAAUCAAAUGACCAAACCUAGUGCUAUAUGAAAUUAAAACCAUGGCAAUAUUUAACUCAUUAAUCACUUUAACUUUCUAUUCAGAUAUUUUAUUUUGUGAAGAUCUACUUAUUGGAUAUUUUGGAAUUCCCUCUGAAUAGUCUUGGCAUGCCUCAAAAAAUAGAAUAUCCGGGGGUAUGCAGAAAGUCGUUUAUCAUAUGCUGCAGUUGAGUAAAAAUGUAAUUUGUCCCUUUAUUUUCUGACUGGUAGACCCAUAGAUAUUAAACUAACCAGUACUCAUAUGUAGAUUGGUAAACUCUGCUAACUGAAAGAUAGAUGAUAUGUAGCUUGUGUAGUCAAAGCAAUAUUUGCUUUGUGAGGAAGCACUUUCUAAUGGGGAGCCAAAAGAGGACUUCACCCAUUUGCUUUUGACUUCUGUGAUAGUCUACUACAUAUGAUCCCUUUAAGUGUCUUAAAAUGUAUCGACCCAUGAAAUUGAUGGCAUUUGGGCGAAAAAAGCCUUAAUGAUAAAACAAUUUUUAAAUUCUCAAGGUCAGAAGAGAAGACAGUUUUGCUCCUAGAAUUUUUAUCUUCAGAAUAUCCUUUGUUGUAUGCAUUCAUAAACAUUACUUCAGUCAUGUAAGCUAAAAAUACUUCACUUUAGUAUAUUUAUUUAUCUUGUUACAUUUUUUCUAAUUUUAUAUGAAAUGUGAAAGGUUUUUAUUUUGGUUUGGUUUACUUUGGGCUGCUAAUAACCAGUGUUAGGAAUUAACCUAUAGUCCUCUUUUUAAGAAUAUCACUGUGACUGCCUAAAUUUUCCCUGCUAUAAUAUUACCUGUUUGUAGGUUGUCAGCCCAUUUUAGUAAUUUUCAUAUUCUUGAAUUUGAAAAUCUUUCUGGGUUUCCAGAUUAAAUUUUUGCCUUUCAUAUAGAUUUAAUUUUUAGUGAAAUGUAUUAAUUUGAGCAUCCCUCCCUUUUUUCUAAACAAAUAAUUUAAUUUUUACCCCACCUAUUUUCAUGGAGAAGUCUUUCUUUAAAAAAAAAAAAAAAGGGAUUUUCCAUUAUUAUGAUGACCUAACAAGUGAAAAUAAGUAAUUGCCUUAUUUCAUAGUUGUCAUUUAAUUUUGUACUAAGCUGGUAAACUAAUUGUAGUUUAGAAUAGUUUUAUAUUGUCCACACUAGAGAAUUGAGAAUUUAAAUUUUAUAUAUAAAACAUAAUAAUUCCAUAAACUAAUUAGUAAAUUUAAUAUCUUGACCAAUCCCAUAAAUUGUUAAAAUAUUCCAAAAUGUAAAUGAAUCUUAUUUUCUAGGUAAGUAGAAAGUAAUUGCUUGUAGAAGUCUAAGCUCAGAGUUAUCAAAUCUUGGCCAAAUUUCGUCUUCCACCUAGAGAAGUUUUUAAUAGCCUUUUCUAGCUAUAACAGUAGGUGAUUAUUACUUUAUAUUCUCUUAAUUUAGAAAUACUUGAACAUCAACUAAAUAAAAUUUUAUCUUUUAAGAAAGCUUUUUUUUUAACAUAGCUUUUAGUAUGGGGGGGUUUGUAAAUAUUGUAAAUUUGUAAAAUUGUGUUUGAAAUGUCACUGUAUUUAAUUACUGCUUUUAUAACAUUGUAAAAUACUAGAAAAAUGAGCUUCAAGUAUUUUUAAUAGCUUUCAAAAACUUUGUGUAGUUUUGUCCAGUUGAAAAUGUAUUAUUUGAAACAUUUAAACUGAUUUCUGAUACUUAUAAUCUCAUAGAUUUGUAUGGGAUUCAACUCACAGUUGAGUUGCAAAUAUCAAAUAGAAACGUCCAAUUUGGGCUCUUUUUAAAGUACUGUCCAGUUGAAACCUCCUGAAUCAUGUUAUAGUACUAAUAGACUAGAAACUGACCAUUUGUUUUUGUUGAUUCAACACUCCAAAUAUAGAUUGAAUAUGUAUUUACUAAUCAUGCACAUGUGAAUUUUUUGUUUCUAGGGUGUCUAUUUUUAUAGAUGUUUUCUUCUGGUUAUAAGCUUAUUAUAACUUUUAAAAUAACACAGCCAACGAUUGUAAUGUUCAAAAUACUUCAGAGUAUCUUUCUGUGAAGUCAGUUUCUUCUGAUUCAAAAUUUUGGGGGGGGAUAAACUGAUUUUUAAUUUAA